UGUGUCCCUAAGGAUUAAAUGGAAUAUCACUUCCAAAAGUAAUUUGUAGGAUCAAGAACUCAAGAUCGAUCAAGGCAGUACAUAGGGUUUGACAGAAUCUUGAAAGACUGACUUCGAUUGAUUUCAUUCAAUGAUUCCAAAUUGCUUUUGCAAUCAACCCAACGUUUUCAAGGUAUCGAUUCUCCUAAAUCUCAUACAAUUAUUCUUCGCUUCGCCAUCUUCCCUACAAAUUAACCGAUCAACAAUCUUAAUUCCUCAACACAUCCAUCAAAACCCCAAUUCAAUUUCAUCUCCGAUGCCUGUAAAUCCUCAGAAGCAGCUUCGGAGGCUCCCACACGUUUUUAGCCAAGUUCUCGAGCUUCCUCUCCGAUCACACGCCGAUGUUUCAAUCGAAGAUAGAUCCGAUUCUUACAGGUUUACAGCGAACAUUGAGGACAACGCCUUUUCCGGUCAGGUAAGGGCUCAUGCCGUGAAGAUUCACCCGGAGGUGACGAAAGUUGUUGUCAGGGGAGGAAAUGGAUUUGGAGAGGUGGAGUUGUUUUUGGAUAAAUUGGAGGUUGAUGUGUGGAGAUUUCGGCUUCCGGCGACUUCACGGCCGGAGUUGGCGACGGCGGUGGUUGUAGGACAAGAGCUUAUUGUUAUAGUGCCGAAGGGAAGUCCGAGCAGCCGGCGGCAACCUUCAAGAUCAUGGUGGUAGAGGGCGGAACAGAGUGUAAAAAUUAUAGAUUGCAGGUUAUGCAACUGUUAAGUGAUAUCCCUUGUAGAAGAUGACUAGAAAACCAUGUUUAGUCUCAUCAAAAUGCUGUUAAAAUCCAUGUUUACACUUAGGCUGAAAAAUAAUAAUAUACUAUUCAUAAAUCACAAUAAUCUUAAAGAUGAAACAAUUUUGUUUCUUUGAUGAUUUA